AUGGUGCACGAGCUGCCAGCAGUGUUCAACUGGGCGCACCAACCCAGCAGCAACUUCUACCACUUCCUCGUGGAGCUCGUUCCUCUCUUCCUCGUCUCCGCGCCUCUCAUGGCCUCCACUUUGCAACACGUGCCGGUGCUCGUGAGACACACACAGGUGCGUUGGUACGAGCAGGUGGGUUCUCCCCUCAUCGGCAUCCAGGCGGAUCAGAUUCGUCUGCUGCCCACAUUCGACAACGAUCUCUUUCACGCCGAUGUGGUGUACCAGCCCAUAUACCAAGACUGUGACCGUCCCAGCAGGCCUCUCUGGCGGUUGCUGCGCCGGCGCCAUCUGCUGCACCCCUCCGGCCUCCCUCUCUUCAACCCCGACUGGACCUACCGCAGCCACCCCCCUCUCUCCCUUGCUGAAGCGCGCUCCUUCCCCCCUGAAUGGGUGGUGGUGUUGGCCAAGCGCCCGGAGGGGCAUCGACGGUCGAUCCUGAAUUUCCGGGAGGUGGAGGAGGAGGUGGUGCGGCGGUUUGGGAGUGAGAGGGUGGUGAUGUUUAACGGGUCGCUGCCGAUUCUGCAAGCCCGUGCUCUCUUUUCACGAGCACGUUUCUACAUAGCAGCCCACGGAGCGGCCCUCACCAACAUGAUCUUCAUGCCAGAGCAAAGCUCGGUGCUUGAGAUCCGCCCUGAGGGCUGCAAUAUUAUUGUCUUCAACACACUCGCCUCUGCCUGCGCCCUGCGGUACCACCUGGUGCUCACCAAGGGUGAUUGGGACUCCCCUAUUGUGGCGAAUAUGACGAGCGUGUCUCGGGUGCUUGAUUCAGUCCAGGCACGAAUGCGGAAGGAGGAUGAUGGAGAUGUGCGGUUGCAGUGA